GUCGCAGUGUUUCCGUGCAGAUCUCGAGCUGAGCUGAGAGAUCGUACAAAACAAGCAAUCUUUCGGUUAAGUUCGGUUGGCUUGAAAAACUGUGUGGUGAUACAACACGAUAACGUGCCAACAUGUUCAAGUUUAGUGUGAUUGUAAUUAUUGCUAUGGUCGCAGCAGUCCUUGCCGAACCACCGGUGAGCUCCGGUUAUUCUUAUUCCGGUGGCCACAGUCACGAUCAUGGCGACUCCGACGGAGGUUACAUCGCAGUCAACAGUGGACACCAGUCAUCGGAAGGGCUGCACAUUGAUUCACAUUUACUGCAUAAGGUGAAGGAGAUACUGGUCGAACACGAGAACAGUGGAUCAGGAUCGUCUUCCUACAGCAGUGGCCACUCAUCGCACUCAAUUUCGGCCCCAUCAACCUCAUACGGAAUUCCUUCCUCGUCCUAUGGAGCACCAGCGCACUCGUAUGGACCCCCGCCAUCUCCAGUCUACGGUGUCCCCUCGUUCGGAGGACAUUCUUCUCGUGUGACUGGAGUGGAACUUGGUCACGUACGGCAGGGAAUUCAGCUUGCUCAAUUCUACAAAACCCAAAGUGCUCCAUCCUAUUCAUCCCAUUCAUAUUCGGCCCCAUCCUUUGCUUCACAUUCUUCCUACUCUGUACCUUCUUUUGCUUCCCAUUCUUACUCGGCACCUUCCAUCUCAUCCCAUUCCCAUUCGUCACAUUCCUCGUUAUCCAUCCCAUCCUCCUCGUACGGAGUGCCAUCUUCUUCAUACGGUGCUCCAUCUUCUUCGUACGGUGCUCCAUCAUCUUCAUACAGUGUUCCGUCGUCUUCGUACGGAGCUCCAUCUCACAGCAGCAAUCACUACCCAGCUCGGGUUCCCUCGUUCCGUCCAGCUCCUGUGUAUCAUGCUCCAUCUACCAGCUAUCACGCACCGUCUUUAUCAAGCUACCACGCACCAGCUCCAGUGUAUUCAGCUCCCCGACCUGUCUACGGCACACCUCAUUUCCAUUGAAACGUUAGUUCGACACAUCUAGAAUAUCUAAGUCAUUCCAUUUUGUAGAUAAUUUAUUCCCCCGUACUAUCAUUACUUGCCGAGUUGUUGACGAAAAAAUAUAUUGUUAUCAAAAAUAAACCAAAAA